CACGGAGCAGCCUUUAAAUGGACUCGCCCCCUUCCGCAGCACCACUUCUUUCUGCGGAGAAAAGCUGCCCACGGGGAAGAGGAAGACCCACUCCGGCUCAAGUUCUCACUCUUGUUCGUUACUGAAAUCUCAAGAUGUCCACCAAGGAAAAGCUGAUCAGCCAUGUGAUGAAGGAGGAGCCUGUUGGCAGCAAGAACAAGGUCACAGUGGUGGGCGUUGGCAUGGUGGGCAUGGCCUCCGCCAUGAGCGUCCUGCUGAAGGACUUGUGUGAUGAGCUGGCCCUGGUUGAUGUGAUGGAGGACAAGCUGAAGGGUGAGGCCAUGGACCUGCAGCACGGCUCCCUCUUCCUCAAGACGCACAAGAUUGUGGCCGACAAAGACUACAGCGUGACAGCCAACUCCAAGGUGGUAGUGGUGACUGCCGGCGCCCGCCAGCAGGAGGGCGAGAGCCGUCUCAACCUGGUGCAGCGUAACGUCAACAUUUUCAAGUUCAUCAUCCCCAACAUUGUCAAGUACAGCCCCAACUGCAUCCUGAUGGUGGUCUCUAACCCAGUGGACAUCCUGACCUACGUGGCCUGGAAGCUGAGCGGCUUCCCCCGUCACCGCGUCAUUGGCUCUGGCACCAACCUGGACUCCGCCCGUUUCCGCCACCUCAUGGGAGAGAAGCUCCACAUCCACCCUUCCAGCUGUCACGGCUGGAUCAUCGGAGAGCACGGAGACUCCAGUGUGCCCGUGUGGAGCGGCGUGAAUGUUGCCGGAGUUUCUCUGCAAGGUCUGAACCCAAAAAUGGGGACUGAGGGUGACAGCGAGAACUGGAAGCAGGUUCACAAGAUGGUGGUUGACGGAGCCUAUGAGGUCAUCAAGCUGAAGGGCUACACUUCCUGGGCCAUUGGCAUGUCUGUGGCUGACCUGGUGGAAAGCAUCUUGAAGAACAUGCACAAAGUUCACCCUGUGUCCACACUGGUCAAGGGCAUGCACGGAGUGAAGGAUGAGGUCUUCCUCAGCAUCCCCUGUGUCCUGGGCAACAGCGGCCUGACAGAUGUCAUCCACAUGACACUGAAGCCCGAGGAGGAGAAGCAGCUGGUGAAGAGUGCUGAGACCCUGUGGGGUGUACAGAAAGAGCUCACCCUGUGAAGAGGGCUUCCCUGAAUUCUCUGCUCCACCAGGACACCACACCAAGCUCUGUGUGGUUAAUCUCCACCUACUUGUACCUCCUGUGUCCCUCACGGCAAUGGACGAAUGAGACCUUUGAGUAUCUAGAAAAGGCCAAGUGUUUGUAGCUUAACCAAUGGAAACUAGAUUUUAGUUGACAUGGGUAUCAUUUUCCAUUGCUGCCUUCCCCCCUCCAUUAAUAAAUACUCAAAAACACAUCUAAUACCUUUAGCCUUCGAUCUUAGCCAGUGUUGAAGCGAGGGGGCAUCUACAUGUUGUCCUGUCUAACAAUCAAAUGUAAGGCUAUGUGUUCUAUGUACUGUAUGUUAAUGUAUACUGUUGCUGUUACUUCUGUGCACUCCUCGUUCGUAUUUGGUAGGGAUUCUGGGUAUUCUCUGGUUGUUACCGGUUGUUUUUUUUCCACUUGGGAAUCUCUGUUCAUUUUUAUAUUUGGAGAACAAUGGAGACAUUCCAUUCUCUAUAAGGAAGGCUUCCUAUAGAGUUGAUAUCAAUCACUGGGCCAAACUCCUGUGAUACCAAAGUACCUUAUCACAGAAAAGCAAUUCACAGUGAUGCUGUGAAGCUUUUCACAAAAAAAAAACCACACAAGUGCACUGAAAAAUAUCUAUUAAAAAGGCAAGCUGUUACACAGACAGGUCACACCGGAGAGACUGGUAACAACGUAACUUGCCAUAAUGUAACAGAGACCCAAUUGGAAAGAGUCAGCUAGAAUCAUUGUUAGGAAUCAUAAUGGAAGUUAACAAUCCGAAAGGUGUUAUAAGUAUGUGCACCCUAAAUACCCUCAAAGGGUGUCUGUAUUUAUUUUACUCCUGACUUUAAGGAAAUAAAUAACAAUAACAGAGAAAUAUCAUAUUAUUUAUGACCGUAAAUAUACGGAUAAGAUCUAUUUAUGUAUUGAUGUUAAAACGUUGGAUACCGUUGAUGGAUCACUCUAAGACUCUUCCUGUCACGGCAGCUGGAUGUUGAUUUUCAUUUGCCUGUAACAUCAAAUAAAUCUGCCAGGAUGACGAUA